CAGCUUAGUUUUCAAACGGUCUGGUAUAACUCUGUCCGAGAUGUGGCAGCAUCUGCACCGGCGAAUCAAAUGUCUGGAUAUUUGCUGCGUAAACUCCGUAGUUCUACGGGUUGGCAAAAACUGUGGGUUGUGCAUGCAAAUUUCACACUGUUUUUCUUCCGAUCACAUCAGGAACAAGAACCAAUCGCCGUACUACCGAUCAUCAGUUACCAUAUAUCGCUGCCGCAGCUCAGUGAUAGAAUCGAGUUUGAAAAUGUUUUCAAGAUAUCUUAUAAAGCGCAUUAUUACUUCUUCCGAGCCGACAGCCUAUAUGCCUUCUCAAAGUAAGCACAUGUAUUAUUGGCUGUUUGCAUUUAUUUGUAAUAUCUACUUCAGGGUGACCGGAGCAUGUCCUCCCUAA